CAUGACACACGCGCGCAUCCGAAACUUGGCCGCUGAUCAUGCUUGCUCGCCAGUGAAACGGAGCAAGUGCCCGGUACAUGUGGCCGCGCGCGUUGCCAGCGGUGUGGCCAGGUACCCACUACCCCUCGGCGGGGGAACUGCCAAUGGGCGGAUCGCAUUGGUCGGUGCUGAAAGCUCGAUAACAAUUUGAGUGACAACGGACGGAGGGGCAACUCUCGACAGACUCACAACCUCUCCCUCCUGUUACCGCUUCCGCCUCAACGCUUCCUCGCCCAUCGCUUUGCCGCCGCCUCGUCUUCCGCAGUCCGCCACACACGCUUCGUUGCUCUCUCACAUACCUUCACCAUGUCGUGGCAAGCAUACGUUGACACUAGCCUCAUCGCUACCGGCCAUGUCGACCAGGCCGCCCUCAUCAGCGCUGCCGGCGACAGCGUCUGGGCCACCUCCCCCGGCCUCACGCUCCAGCCCGCCGAGAUGAAGGUGGUGGCCUCCAUCGUCUCGGGCGAUGCCGCAGCCAAGGACAAGGCCUUUGCCGAUGGCCUCUACAUCGGUGGUGAGCGAUACGUCAUGGCCAGGGCCGAGGACCGAAGCAUCUACGCCCGAAAGGGUCGCGAGGGUGUCGCCAUCGCCAAGACCACCCAGGCCAUCGUCGUCGCCCACCACGGUGAGGCCCAGGUUGCUGGCAGCACCACCCAGACCGUCGAGGCCCUCGCCGACUACCUCAUCGGUGUCGGUUACUAGGCUCAGAACCCGGAUUGUGGGAUGCGGCAGGAAGAACCCCAAGGAAUAAACUGGGAUAGCUAUGGAUGUGCACUGGGGAAAUAACGGUCAGAGUCAGCCUACGAUUAGCGAACUGAGCAUAUUGAGAGGAGGCCUUGUUUUUUUUCUUUAGAGCACCCGGGCGGUCAGCUUGAGCCUCGUCGAGGCGAGGAGGAAAUCAUCUGUUUGGCCAUGAAUUGUCCAAAAGAGUCUCUGUUUCUACACGAUUCUGCAUAUAGGCAAUCCAAAUGCCCCCCA